GUCCUCUCCCUGGCUCAACAGGAAAGUAGCAAAGAAAGAAACGGUUCUCAACUGGCCGGCUCCCCAAGGCUCAGUGUUGAGGAAGCAGAUAGAAACAUCCAUCUUCUCCUGAAAAAGUGCUGGAACAGGCUUGCAGAGAAUGACCAGCUGUGGAGAAACCUGUGUCUGAGGAAAUGGAGCUUCUGCAGCUUCUCCCCGUGCCCGGGCUCACAGACCUGGAAGCAGUUCUUCCUCAGACAGACAAAGCUGGAGCACCGGAUGGCGAGGGUGAAGCCAGAGGACUUUAUCUUCAGAGAAGCAAGUGGGAACCUCGGAAUCUUAGGACCUAUGGCUUAUCUGUCAGGAUAUGGCAACGCAGUGGGUGGAGAGGAGAAGUCAGUCAUUUGUACAGUGUCAUCAAAGCACAUGCUUUAUGCCUGGGACCUGCAGGAAGGCACUAUGAUCUGGUCCAGCCCCGCCCAGCAGUCGAGCAUCACGCGUCUGGCGACCCUCCCUCAGAUGCACCUUGCGUUCACUGCAGAUUUGGAGGGAACAGUCAAAGUGUGGAAUUGUCAGGAUGCGGAAGCCCUGGCUACUCUCACCAUGCCACAGGCCUGUUUUUCCUUGGAAAUCUGUCUCACAAAAGAUGGCCCCUUCUUGAUGGUAGGCAACUCUGAAGGUGACAUGUACACACUGACCGUGCCGGAGCUAAGGCAUGUCUCUAAAGUUAAUGCAUUCAAAUACAGUGUUGACCUCCUACACUGCUCUCCUGACAAGAAAUGGAUCUUUGCAUCUGGGACACAUCAGAAUAUCUUGCCAGUGGUGUUCCUCACAGAGAGCUUGCUGAAACCGGCAGAAGGCAAAAGCCCUCUGUCCCUCUCUAUCCCGUAUUCAUCAUGCUGCAGGGCCUGCUGGGCCCCAAGGAGGACAAGCAGGAUAACAGUGAUGUAUCGAAGAGGCUCUUUCAGAAAGACCGGAUUUACCACCUUCGAGCUAACGGCUGAGAGGACGGGGGACAGAACAGACAUCCAAGCCCACCAGGUUGCAACUUUCCUGUUGCCGCCUCACAUGGAGAGCCCUGUGUGGAUGGGAGUCGGAGACGGAAAUGUGAUUGUCUUUGAGAGCGGGCCGUCCUUAUUCCUCUUCACCAUCAGUGGCCACCUGCUGCAGCGAUUUGAGGACCACCAGAGGACCAUCGGCAACUUAUGGGUGGAUUCUGUGCACGUCCUCAGCACGUCCAUGGAUGACUCUCUGCAUUUGUACAUGUGGGAAGAGGAAGGCCGUUACCCAUACCUCAAGAGCUGCUGUCACCUGGAGCAUGUGGGCAGGGACUCGGCGCCGAGCUGCUAUGUCUCCAAAGCAAUAUGCGAUAACAUGAGCAUCGUAUGUGUGGUGUCGAGACUUCGUGAAUCCAGCAUUCUGGUGAUGUAUUCCUUGCGUAUGUAAUGUGGAAACUAAUGGAAUUAACCUCACAUCAUCUCUCUCAAUGUAGUAAAGAGAAUUCUGUUUGUAAACCGAGAAUGACUGUUUAGUGAUCUUAGGAAAGAAGUGAUGAUUUAACUACCUACAAUAAAUCAGACACUGUAAUAGAUGCACUAUACAGAAGGCAGAGCAACCUAUCCUCUGUCCUUGCUAGCAGGGACAGUAUAGAAUACUAGGGGAGUAAAAUAUAACUGGUCACAAAUCAAUUCAAAAGGAGCUUAUAUGGGGGAUGGUGGGGUAGUAUGUCUUCAGAUUGAGGCAGGUUUAAAAGUGAGGGCACCUGGGGCACCUGACUCAGUCGGCAGAGCAUGCAAGUCCUGAUCUCAGGGUUGUGAGUUCAAGCCCCAUGGGCGUGGAGUCUUCUUAAAAAAAAAAAAAAAAAAAAAGUAAAAUGAAGGUCAUCUGUAUUAGUCCAUGUUCUCUAAAAUGUAAGCAAAACAUAAAUGUAUUAGAAAAGCAUAGACGUCGACACUCAACGGUAGCUAGAAGCAACUCAGAAUAUGGAUGGUAGGGAUGCCUGGGUGGCU